AUGGCAUACGAGCCCGAAUCAAGCAGCUCACCCCGGGAACGGAGAGGCCAAUACAUCUUCGGCAGGCUAGAUCACCACAGCCAGCACCACGCGCAGCCCAGCACCCGCAGCGUUACCACGGACAGCGAGACCUGCACUUUGAAAACGUACAGGAAUCCCCACCAAUGGCCAGUCAUUCCUCUAGGCUACCAAGUUUGCCUGCGACUACUGAUUCUGACACUCUCUGCAUUGGUUUCGGCCGCUUUGAUAUACCUGAUCAUCAUUAGAAGUUCAACGGGAGAUUCUCGACAUCUUGACAGGGAGGGACACAAUGUGCCUGCUUGGCCGGCAACUGUCUGGAUGCAGCCGACAUUCGUCCUACUAGGAGCUGCGGCUUUUUGCACGCUAGGCAACUUCUCAUUUCUCAUAGCAGAAUGUUCAAAGUUCGGACGACGAUGGUUGGGCUCGAAGGCUGCCUGGAUCGCGUCAUUAUGCAUCGUCUGCAUGAUCGCAGCCUGGAUUAUUGCAACGGCGUAUGCGAAGACCUUCGGUGCCACCAACACAUUUGCUUCGGAUCUCUGGUCGUGGUCAUGCGCACGAAAAGACGUGCAGCUAAAUUACGGGAACAGCAGGAUCGGGUUUGUCAAACUCUGUCAGUACAUGGAUUUCGUGUUCGGCGCUGGAGUGGCCACAAUGUCGCUGGAGCUGAUGGAUCUUGUCCUUGUAUGGCUCAACGAGAUGGGGCAUCGAGCAAGCAAGCAGAAAUCCAGGCGCAAUGCGCUCAUCAGGAAGCAUAUCACCGGCCUUGAGAUGGCCGGGCUGGACACCGUGGACAGAUGA